AUGAAAUUUUGGCGGAAUUAUUACCUUGCGCGACGGUUUAUGUUUGUCGUCGCGCAAGUUGGCGAAAAUUUUGGAGGAAAACUUACCUUGCGCGACGAGGAUUGGCUUUUUUGUCGCGCGAGGUCAUAUUGCGCUACGGUUAAUGUUCUUCGUCACGCAAGUUUGAUUAAAAUUUCUGAAAAAACUUCGAACCUCACACCCGUCACUUUCUCCCCUCACUUCCUCUCUCUCCGACAGCAAAAUCCUGCCGUCAACCACCUCAGCUCAACCCAUGCCACCGCCGCAAGGACCGGGCCGCCACCACCUUCGAAGCCCAGCCCUGUCUCUACCGUCAUCGUCGCGUCUGUCGCCGAUUUUCACAGAUUUUCAACACCGUCAAUUCUCUCUCCUCCGGCCACCACAACCGACACCUGA